AUGAAAGUGCUGCUCAGAGUCAGCCAACGCUGGAGUCCAAGCUGGAGGCCCUUCAGAGCCACUUCACCUCCUUCCUCAGACCUCAUCUUAUUACUGUUCUAUAUACAUGAUGUAACAUUUGUCAUUUUAUUCUCUCUCAGUGCUGCUCAGAGUCAGCCAACACUGGAGUCCAAGCUGGAGGCCCUUCAGAGCCACUUCACCUGGGAUCUGGACUCCAGCAGGUCCAAACUUUUCCGUUUCAGAGACAAACUAAAGGACAUCGGUGCAGAGGAAGGAAACAGCUGGCUGGGUCACAUUUACAACCUGCAGGGGUUCAUCCACUAUCAGCUGGGCUUCAUCCACAAACAGCUGGGCUUCAUCGAAGAGGCCAAGAGCUUCUUCAGCAGGGCCACUGAGGCCUUCCACCAGAUGAUGAACACAGUCUCAGAUGGUCCCUGGUUGCUGGUGAACUAUGGGAACCUGUCUUGGAUGCAUCACCACCUGGGAGAACAAGCAGAGAGUGAGCGUUACCUGUCAAAGGUCCACGCCCUGAUGAAGGAGUACCCAUCUCCAUUUGAGGACGAGCUGGAUCCAGAGAUCUACGCUGAAAAGGCCUGGACCCUGAUGAAGUUCUCUCCAGAAGAAAAUAAGCUGCUGGCUGCAGAUUACUUCCGGAAAGCCAUCAGGAUGCAGCCGGACAGGGUGGAGUGGCAGACCAGCCGAGUGAUAGCAUUAAUAAGUGCCUAUAAGUACUGUAGCAACGAGCUGGGAGCUGACAUCUUGGAGGAAAUGAAAAAAGCCAAAGAAUAUGAUCCAGAGAACUUGUACCUUGCUGCUCUUUACCUUGAGGAAUGUGCUGAGAGAGGAACAGACAUUGAACAAGAAGCACGUGAGUUGGCCAAAAGGAUUUUAAAUAAACCAGUUAGCAGCUACAACGGGUUCACACCGUUACUAAGACUGUACAGAAUCCAUGUAUCCAUGGAUGAAGCUAUUGAUUUGGCAGACGAGGCUCUGAAAAGACAUCCAGAUGAGCAUUAUCUCAAGAGAUGUGCUGCAUUCUGCUACAAAUGGAAGCUCUUGCCUCCACGGGACAAUAAUCAGGAGCAUGAGCCCAGCAUGAUGAACAAAGCCAUUAGUCUCUGUGAGGAAGUCAUUUCUCUCUAUCCUGAUUCUUCACUCAGAAUGGAAAUAACUCUUGCAAACUUAUAUGCAGAGUCAAAGCGCCAAGAUGAAGGGGACCAGAUAUUCAAAGAUCUGCUAAAAAGGGACCUGGAAGACAAAGAGAAACAGAUGGUUUACUACACCUAUGGAAGCUAUUUAUAUUUCAAGGUAAAACAGGAACAAGAGUCGAUAAAAUACCACAUGAUGGCAGCAGAGAUACCACAACAAUCCUCCUAUCGGGAAAAGAGCAUCAGGAUCCUGGAGAAGAUCAGAUACAGAAACCAUAACCGAAGAGAAAUAGAGGAGUUUCUGGCCAAACUGCCAAACUGGGCAUAAAUCAGGAAGAUGUUGAUUUUAACAGCCUGAGAAAUAAGUUUAAUAUGAUCCUUUUAUCAAAGUGUUGAACGCAAUGUUAAACACUUCUUAAAUUCUCACCUGACCAAUGAUCCUGUUAUCAAAGCCUGACGCAGAUAAAACGUAUUUAUUGUCCCAUGUCAUCAUUUGUCUUAUUGAUCAAUGAGUAACCUUCACUUUCUUUAACAUUAGUCUUGUGUUUAAUCCUUUAAUUUCUUCCUCACACUCAUUCAUGUUUUUUUUUUAUAUAAGAAUGUCAAAAUUAAAAAAAAAGUAAAAGAAAACCUGGAAACACAUUUCAGUAAUCCCCAAAAUCACGACAAUAAAACUGUAAGAAAAUCCA